CCCUUCAUUAUAUACUCAAAACUCACAAGUUUUCAUCUAAAAAAAACAAAACUCCAUUAAAACUCUAUACUCAUCAAGAACUUAGAAAAAAAAAUCCCAAAAUCAAAAAAUCCCAAGUUCAAAACUUUUACAAAUAUGGCCAAAAAAUUGAAGAUCUCUUCUAUUUUCAAGAAAAAAGAAAUAGGGCUAGCCACUUGGCAAUGGCCAUCUUGUACACAUUCCAAGACUCUAUCUUUUAGAGGUGAUGACAACAUUUUCAAAACUAUAAAUUCAGUAUUCUUUGACCCUUUUGAUGGAAUUGAAACCCCACAAUCUUAUUCCACAAAUUCAUCAUUAGAUACCAAUAGCAUUUCAAUAGAAUCCCAUGAAGAAAUCAUAAAAGGGGCUAGAUCAGAAAGGCUAUUUUUUGAACAAGUGGCUACAAGUUCAAUUUUUCAAGAACCAAAUCAAGAACCACAAGAGGAAAAUCAAGAAAAUGAUUUGCCAUUUAAAGAGAGUGUAAUUUUGGCUAUGGAAUCAAAAGAUCCUUAUUUGGAUUUUAAGAAAUCAAUGAAGGAAAUGGUUGAGAGUCAAGGGAUUAAAGAUUGGGAUAAUUUACAAGAAUUAUUAGCAUGUUAUUUGAAAUUAAAUGGUGAAGUAAAUCAUGGUUUUGUUUUAGGUGCUUUCGUCGAUAUGCUUAUGGAACUUGUUAUCCCUACUACUCCGAGUACUAAUUCGGAUAAUUCAAUUACUUCUUAUUCUUCUGUUGCUUCUUCUUCUUUUUCUUGCCCCUCAUCUCCUCUGUCUUCGUUAGGACAUAAAGAGACAGAGGAACAAGAAAAUGCAAAAGUCCCCUAAGAUAUAGUGUAAUUUUUUAUUGUUUAUUCAUAACGUAAAGAAAGUUUACUUCUGAUUC